CUACUGCUUCUGUUUGCUGUGUUGUUGUUGCUAUUGGCACUUGCGAUUUUGUUUUUAUUGCGCACUCGAAAUUGUUUUGUUAUUUUGUGGCGAUUCGAAAUAAAAAACGCUUGGGAUGGUUGAAAAUCGAGCGCAUUUAAGUUUAGUUUAAGUUAGUCGCUCGUCGUGCGUGUGUGUGUGUGUGCGUUGGAUGCAAUUUGGCAAUUGCAAUUGCAAUUCGCAAAUGUGAAUGAAAAGCGAGCGCAACAAAGAAAACUAUAUGAAAUAGGCGUAAAAUGUCACUUUUUGUGGAAUAUACCGAGCCGAAAUGGCGGGAUUUGGACAUGCGCGCGCUGUCCGUCGACCAGUUCUACCUGUACCUGCGAUCGGAGCUCGAUAGGGAGAGCCACCUGUACUCGCUGUCCGACGAAUGUUACACGUGUCCGUACACCAAAGUGAAAGCUCUGCCCGCUGCCGACGUCGCUGCCGGCGUCGAUGAACCGUUACGUUUGAGUUCGGCAUUUGGGCUGAAUUUCAAAAUAUACGAACACGAUCAGGGUCACUAUGCCUACGACAAUGUCUCGUCGCUCUGUUGGCUGCGUCGCACCGAUCUGCAGGAAUUCGGCGUCUACAACCUGACCCUCCAAGCGAAUGGGACCUGUGCCUUUGCGGUGGACAAGCCGGGUGUACCCAUUAAUUAUGCUUUCCUCGCCGUUUUCGUGCUGGUUGCCGCCCUGCUAAUCGCCCUGAAACUAGUGAGCUGCGCCUGGCGUUGCUAUCGCUAUGACGAGGCCACCGCUGCCGCCGACAGCAUCGGAGAAGCCGCCACCAAAGCCACCCAAAGGAAGCGACUCCGCAGCCUGGACACCUUCCGCGGCCUUUCGAUCGUUCUGAUGAUCUUUGUGAACAGUGGCGGUGGCGGCUACACCUGGAUCGAGCACGCAGCCUGGAACGGCCUGCACCUGGCCGACGUGGUCUUUCCCUCGUUCCUCUGGAUAAUGGGCGUGUGCAUACCGCUCUCCGUGAAAUCUCAACUUUCGCGCGGCAGCAGCAAGGCCGGCAUUUGUCUGCGCAUCGUGUGGCGAUCCAUCAAACUCUUUGCCAUUGGCUUGUGUCUGAACUCGAUGAGUGGCCCUAAUCUGGAGAAGCUGCGUCUCAUGGGCGUCCUGCAGCGAUUCGGAGUGGCCUUUCUGGUGGUCGGUGUACUGCAUACGUUGUGCUGCCGCAGGGAGCCCAUAAGUCCGCAAAGAUCGUGGCAGCGGGCCGUGCACGAUGUGUGUCUUUUUAGCGGCGAGUUGGCCGUGCUGCUGGCCCUGGUGGCCACCUAUUUGGGCCUGACCUUUGGCCUCCGAGUGCCGGGAUGUCCGCGUGGUUAUCUGGGACCGGGUGGCAAGCACGAUUACAAUGCCCAUCCGAACUGUAUUGGUGGUGCGGCCGGUUAUGCGGACCUUCAGGUGCUGGGCAAUGCGCACAUCUUCCAACAUCCCACGGCCAAGUAUGUCUACGACUCCACAGCUUUCGAUCCGGAGGGUGUUUUCGGCUGCAUCCUGAGCGUGGUGCAGGUGCUCCUGGGGGCCUUUGCGGGCGUAACCCUGCUGGUGCAUCCCACCUGGCAGUCGAGGAUCCGUCGCUGGAUAAUCCUGGCCAUUCUGCUGGGCCUCAUUGGCGGUGCACUGAGUGGAUUUUCGCGUGAAGGAGGCGCCAUUCCCGUGAACAAGAACCUCUGGUCGUUGUCCUUCGUCUGUGUGACUGUGAGUUUGGCCCUGGUGAUCCUGUCGCUGCUCUACUACUUCAUCGAUGUGCGGGAGACGUGGAGCUGGUCGGGCUAUCCCUUCACCGAGUGCGGCAUGAAUGCCAUCGUGAUGUAUGUGGGCCACUCGGUGAUGCACAAAAUGCUACCCUGGCACUGGAGGAUCGGGGAGAUGAACACCCAUUUCAUGCUCCUGCUGGAGGCCACAUGGAACACCCUCGUCUGGGUGGGCAUCGCCCUGUAUCUGGACGCCCAGGAGUUCUAUUACAGCCUGUAGGGCUGCAUCUGCAUCAAUAUAAUCCAUAUGCACAAUUCAAUUGCCAAAUAAAUUAGCGUUUUGUACAUAGAUUGAUUUUACGGAUAUGUUGCUGGGAAAGCACAAAGACCAUAAGAAAUGUUUAGUAUUUGUAACGAAAUUCCGAAUUUUGUAUGUUGUGGGAAUGCAAAUUAAUAUCAAAUAAAGUAUAUACAUAAAUAAGAGAUUUA